AUGGAGGGCCUCACAUCGUCAGAGCAGAAAGAGCUUCAAUCUCGAAUGGAGCGGAAGCAAAUGAAGGAAUUCAUGGGAAUGUUCUCGAAUCUAGUUUCUCAUUGUUUCGACUCUUGCAUUGAUGACUUCACUACAAAAUCUCUAAUUCAGCGUGAAUCUAGUUGUGUUAAACGUUGCGUUCAAAAAUUUAUGGCAGGUAGUGAGAGGAUCGGUCAGAGAUUUGGUGAACAACAGACGCAGAUGAUGAAUAAUCCACCACCUGGACGAUAG